AUGGUCAAUAUUGAGAGUGAAGAAGAUAUAAAGGUUAAAGUAAGAUUUUUAUCUGAUGUUGUAAUUUUAUACACAAGAAGUACAUUAACAUACGAUACAUUUGUAAAAUUAAUAAGAGAUGCUUGUAAAAUACCUAAUGAUGAUAAAUGUACAAUUAAAUGGAUUGAUGAAGAAGGUGAUCCAUGUACCAUAUCAUCAUCACCAGAAAUGGAAGAAGCAUUUCGUUUAACUAGAGAAACUAGAGAUGCUGAAUUAUGUAUACAUGUUUUUAAAGGAUAUCCUGCUGUUCCUGGUUUACCAUGUCAAGGUGAAGAUAAAUAUGUUUAUAGAAGAGGUGCUAGAAGAUGGAAUAAAAUAUAUCAAGUUAAUGGGCAUAGAUUUCAUAUAAAACGUUUAAAAAGUAAUACACCAUGUUUUAUAUGUUCUGGUUCCAUUUGGGGCAUCACUGGACAAGGUUAUCGUUGUAUGGAUUGUAGAUUAUGUGUACAUAAAAAAUGUCAUCGUAAUGUUCGUCGUAUAUGUGAUGCUAAUUUACCACCAACAAAAACAGAAGAAGAAAAAAAAGAAGGUAUAACAGAACAUGCAUUUAUAAAAGAAUAUAAAAAUAAUAUUAAUAAAAAUGAUAUUAAUAAUGGUAUAGAAAAUAUGGCUUUUGCUGGUAAUGAUCAAGAUUAUUAUAUGAAAGAUAUGUCUAAGAAAAAUAAUGAUUCAUCACAAUAUAGAGGUUCAUUAAAAGAAGUUAAUAGUAUUGAACAUACAAUGAAAGUAUCUGGUGUUAGUAAAAAAGUAACAUUAGAUGAUUUUAAUUUAUUAACAGUAAUUGGUCGUGGUUCUUAUGCUAAAGUUGUUCAAGCAGAACAUAAAAAAACAAAAGAUAUUUAUGCAAUAAAAAUUAUUAAAAAACAAAUGUUUAAUGAUGAUGAAGAUAUUGAUUGGGUUCAAACAGAAAAAACAGUUUUUGAAACAGCAUCUAAUCAUCCAUUUCUUGUUGGUCUUCAUUCAUGUUUUCAAACUGAUUCUAGAUUAUUUUUUGUCAUUGAAUUUGUACCUGGUGGUGAUUUAAUGUAUCAUAUGCAAAGACAUCGUAAACUCCCAGAGGAUCAUGCACGUUUCUAUUCAGCUGAAAUAAUAUUAGCUUUACACUUCCUUCAUACAAGUGGAAUAAUUUAUCGUGAUUUAAAAUUGGAUAAUGUUCUUAUUGAUUCAACAGGACAUAUUAAAUUAACUGAUUAUGGAAUGUGUAAAGAAAAUAUUGGGCCUGGAGAUCGCACAAAUACAUUUUGUGGUACACCAAAUUAUAUUGCUCCAGAAAUUUUGCGUGGUGAAGAUUAUGGUUUUUCUGUUGAUUGGUGGGCAUUAGGAGUAUUGAUGUAUGAAAUGAUGGCUGGACGAUCUCCUUUUGACGUUGUCGCAAUGAAUGGUGAUACAGAUCAAAAUUCAGAAGAUUAUUUAUUUGAAAUUAUAUUAGAAAAACAAAUAAGAAUUCCCAGAAGUUUAUCUGUUAAAGCAGCUGGUAUAUUAAGAGGUUUCUUAAAUAAGUUCCCUGAAGACAGAUUAGGUUGUAAUUUAGAUUUAGAAAUUGCUCUUAAUGAUAUGAAAAAUAAUGCAUUCUUUAAAAAUCAUAUUGAUUGGGAAAUGUUAGAGGCAAAACAAAUUCAACCACCUUACAAUCCAAAUGUUCAAUCUGAUAGAGAUUUACAACAUUUUGAUAAACAAUUUACUGAUGAAGCACCAAAUUUAACAAUUGACGAUCCAAAUAUUAUAGCACGAAUUGAUCAAACUGAAUUUGAAGGUUUUGAGUAUGUAAAUCCACUAUUGAUGGCUAAAGAGGAUAGUGUAUAA